GUUUAAGGCCCGAGCACACAGAACGCGGGCUGUGAUAUCGUAUAUAUUAUAUAUGAUUAUCGCGACGGUCAAGGUUAAAUGCUGUAUUUAAUUACAACCAGACCGCGUUAUGUGUCCGAGCCUUUGUAGUUAACAUUUAACGGAAAUUUCCCUCCGAAUCUUUCUUGUUCGACGGACGCCUAUGCUGUAUUGCUGCGUGUUCAAUCUGCACAGGUGUCGUGUCUGAGUCGUUUAAAUCUUUUUCAAUUUCGAUUAUAUCAAUUAUAGUUGGCUCGACGGAUUGUUCGACUUGACGUUUUUGAAUUUUUUUCCAUGUGUUACCUAGUGGUGUAAAAUAUAUUUCACAUGUAAAAUCGUUCCGUCACCAACUGCCAAUUGAGAGGAAAGUAUUAAUUCUUUACAAACCCUUAGUCUUAUACCUACUUCAACUGUACUUGAGAAUUUCCUGCAAUACUUAUCAUUUGGUUUUGUAUAAUGAUGAACAAUACCUGGAAUUCGUGGGUUUCUUACAUCCAAGAGGAGGAGAAUAAUAUAAUAUGGAACCUGUAUGAUGGUUUUAAACCCAAAAAAAUUACCAAUCCAGUAAAUUAUAAACAUAAAAGUGUUAUCGGUCGCCCGAAUCGUGUGUUACAUUUGGAAAUUCUUCGGACUACCGUUAAAGUCACUACACAUGUAUUGUAUUCAGUACUGAGCAUUCAUGGAGAAAUACUAAGAAUUGUUAUAUACAGAAAGUUUGGACAACUCAGAGCAUUUGUUGAAUUUAGCAAGGAAGAAUUUGCAACAAAAGUAUUUGGUGAAUCUAAUUAUAUAAAUUUAGAUUACAUAUCAUUGAAGGCUGAAUAUGCUAAGCCUUCCAGGGUAAAUGUAUUAAAUAAUGACGAACUAACUUGGGAUUACUCAAAGUCACCCUUAUUAGAUUAUGUUAAUGGUUUACCUACACUGAAAUCUAUUGUCACUGUUUUAAAAGAUUCACCUCAAAAUCUAAAAAAUAGAAAUAUUUCAAAACACGAUACAACUUGGGAACUGGUUGAAAACUUUGAUUUUAUUAAACCUGCUGGUAAAUCCCUUGCACCAGAAAAAACUAAAACAAUACAGUUUGUUAUGACCGCAAACAGUAAGACCCGUAAAACACUCUCUACCAUUUCAUGUUCCGAAAAAUUUUCUAUUCUGUCUGUUCGGGGUCUCGACCCGGCCAAAAGCAAUUGCAAUCGACUUUUCAGACUAUUGUCUUUGUACGCCACGGUGGCUAAUAUUAAUUAUUCGCGCGAGUUAAAUUCUGCCGAAGUUCAAAUCAGUAAAUGCAAUGAUAUCAAUACAUUUGCUCAAGUUCAACAUCAUUAUCUAUCGCACGGAUUCAACUUAUCAUUCCAGUAUUUAAAAGAUGAUAAGAAGAUAAAAAAUCGUUGUAUCAAUCCAUUUGUUUUGUCCGAUGGAUCACCAUCAUAUGUAGUUUAUGAUCGAAAAAUGACACUACAUGUAUCAAGUCCUCCGCCAUCUAGAGUGCUCCAGUUUGUAGGCGCUCCGCCGAGUAUGAAUGCAGAGAAACUUAUUUCACUGUUUAAAAAAACAAUUAAAAACAAAAAUUUUAAGGUCAAACUUCUGACUCCCAAAGAUCCUAAAAGAAGUUUGACGAUUAGUGGUGAAAUUUGGUUUUCCACUGUGAGUGAAGCUAUUGAAGCUGUAAUGGCAAUUAAUUAUGCCAUUUUUUGGAAUAAAGAUACCAAUAAGAAGGAUUACGUGUUGAAAUUGGCAUUUAUUUCUGAAGUACUACCAAUACUUGAAAAGGUUGCAAUAAAAACAGAAAAUAAUAAUGUGAUAAAAACAGAAGGUAAUAAAGUGAUUAAAACAGAAGGUAAUAAAGUGAUUAAAACAGAAGGUCAUAAAGUGAUUAAAACAGAAUGUAAUAAACUGAUCGAAAUGGAAGAUAUUAAAGAGAUCAAAACAGAUAGUAAUGAAGUGAUCAAAACAGAAGAUUAUAAAUUGAUCAAAACAGAAAAUAAUAAAAGGAUCAAAAUAGAAGAUUAUAAAGUGAUAGAAACAGAUUAUGAUUUUAUUGUGAUCAAAACAGAAGAUGAUAAAGCGAUCAAAACAGAAGAUAUUAUAGUGAUUGAAUCAGAAGAUGAUUUAGUGAUCAAAACAGAAGAUGAUUUAGUGAUCAAAACAGAAGUUAAUUAAUCAUAAAUUUUAAAUUUGUAUUGUUAAUUUUAUGAUUUUGCAUACUAGCUAUUUAAAAAAAAAAUUUAUGACAUAGGUAUUUUAUAAAUAACUGUUUUUAUGAACAUUGCUCAAUAACGACAAAAGAAUAGCUAUAGAAAGUAGGUAACUUAUAAAAGAUUAAUUUAUUAUUAAUUUUCUGUUAAAAAGGUAUUUAAAUUUUUUUUUUCUAAAUGAUUUGGUUAUAAUAAUUUUGCUACAUACUACUUAUGUGUAUUGAUAUAUAUAUAUUUAUUAAUAAAUAUAAUAUUUAUAAAUUGUACUAUUUUAUACUACAAUUUUAAUAUUAACAACUACAGAAAUAAUAAUAACAAUUAUAUAAAAUAAAUAUAUUAAAUAAU